AUGGUGUUCAGUUGUAGUUCUCUUCUUUAUUCUUGUUCACUUAAUAAGAUACCACGCACAACAGAUUGUCAAGACCAACAGCUUCUUAAACCUCAAUCAGUGCUCUCCACCUUCACAAGACACACACCCACAAUAAUGCAAUACAAGAAAUCUCUAGCCUCCGCCGCCAUUGUCGCUACCGCAAUGAGUGCCGCUGUCCCAGCUGAACCAUGGACUACUUUGACCCCAUCUGCUACGUACAACGGUGGUGUCACUGACUACGCCUCGACUUUCGGUAUUGCCGUCAUUGCUGCUCCUGCUCAAGCGUCUACCACUGAAAAGGCCAAGAGAGACAACAAGGACGACAAGAAGACUACCACAAAGGCCAAGGAAACUAAGACCAAGACCAAGGCCAAGGAAACUAAGAAGACCACAACCAAGGACGGCAAGAAGGACAACAACAAGGAUGUCACUCAGAUCGCCGACGGUCAAGUCCAAGCUACAAAGGCCGCUGCUGCCCCAGUCUCCCAGAUUGGUGACGGUCAGAUCCAAGCUGCCACUAAGGCCGCUGUUUCUCAAAUAGGUGACGGUCAAGUCCAAGCCACCAAGGCUGCUGUCUCUCAAAUUGGUGAUGGUCAAGUGCAAGCUACCAAGGCUGCUGUCUCCCAAAUCGGUGACGGUCAAGUUCAAGCCACCAAGGCUGCUGUCUCUCAAAUUGGUGACGGCCAGGUCCAAGCCACUAAGGCUGCUGUCUCUCAAAUUGGUGAUGGUCAAGUGCAAGCUACCAAGGCUGCUGUCUCCCAAAUCGGUGACGGUCAAGUUCAAGCCGCUACUAAGGCCGCUGUUUCCCAGAUUGGUGACGGCCAAGUCCAAGCUGCCACAAAAACUGCUGCUUCUCAAAUAGGAGAUGGUCAAGUCCAAGCUACCGCCACUGGUGCCCAACAGGUUGCUGACGGUCAAGUCCAAGCUAAGUCCCCAGCUGGUGUCCUUGCCAACACCUGUAACUCAGACAGCACUUUGAAGAUGACUUUGAAGAAGGGUGAAUUGGUCGACUCCAAGGGUAGAAUCGGUUCCAUCGUUGCCAACAGACAAUUCCAAUUCGACGGUCCACCACCACAAGCCGGUGCCAUCUACGCUGCUGGGUGGUCCAUCACCCCAGCCGGUAACUUGGCCCUGGGUGACCAGGACGUCUUCUACCAAUGUUUGUCCGGUGACUUCUACAACUUGUACGACAAGCACAUUGGUUCCGUCUGUAACCCAGUUUACUUGCAAGCUUUGAACGUUGUUAACUGUUAA